ACGUUAAAACAAACAGAUCGUCAGUUCUUACCAAACCAUUUAACCCAAAAUAAACCAUCUUCUAAACUAAUUACACCCAAAUUUUCUCUAAUAUCUUCUUUAAAUUCCUCCUCUUUUAUACAUAAUCUCAAUGUUCCAAAUAUGAGAACCCACUAUUUUAUGUUUUUACUUGUUUCUUUUCUUUUCUUCUCCCUCUUCUCCCUUUCACAUGGUGCACCAGUUGGAAUAUGUUAUGGAAGUGUAGCAAACAACCAUCCACCAGCAUCCACAAUAGUCUCCCUCCUCCAAUCCAACGCGAUUCAGACAGUUCGAAUCUUCAAUCCACACCCAGAAGUCUUACAAUCACUCUCAAACUCGGGAAUUAACUUAAUGAUUGGAGUUCCAAAUGAAAUGCUGCCAUCAUUAGCCACAAACUCAGUUGAAUUCUCUGUUCAAUGGCUUCAAUCCAACAUUUUCAAUCAUUUCCCAGCAACCCAGAUCAAAUACUUAACAGUUGGUAAUGAAGUAUUCAUCAAAGAUCCAUAUAACACCCAAUUCGUAGUCCCAUCAAUUUCAAAUCUUCACAAGGCAUUACAAACCCUAAAUCUGGAUCAAAUGAUCAAGAUCUCAACCCCACAUGCUACUUGUGUUCUUGCUAAUUCUUUCCCACCUUCAAAUGGGACUUUUAAUCCUGAAAUUUUGCCACAAAUGAUCCCAUUGUUGCAAUAUUUGCAGCAAAAUGAUUCCCCGUUUAUGGUAAAUGUGUACCCUUUUUUUAGCUACAUUAAUAACAGGAAAGAUAUUGGGUUAGACUAUACUCUGUUUAACUCUCAGGGUGUGAUGUUGGACAAUGAGUUAUAUUAUGACAACUUGUUCGACGCCACGUUGGACUCGUUCGUGGCGGCGAUGGAUAAGGUGGGGUUUCGGGGGGUUCGAGUGGUGGUGGCGGAAACUGGGUGGCCGACGGCUGGCGGCGAGGCGGCGUGCCCGGAAAAUGCUAGGAUGUAUAAUGGGAAUAUUGUUAGGAGAGCAUUAGGAGAUGUUGGGACUCCAAUGAGGCCUGGUGUUGGAGUAGAGGUAUUCUUGUUUGAUAUGUUUGAUGAAGAUGAGAAGAAUGGGGAAGAGUAUGAGAAGCAUUUUGGGGUGUUUGGGCUUAAUGGAAUUAAGGCUUAUGAUGUUAGCUUUACCUAACAUCAUUAUGCAAUUCAAUUAAAUCCAAAGUAAGUUUUAGGAAAUUAUUGUAUAUGUCACACUAAUAAUCAAAAUGAUGGAAUCCUCUCUCAAUCAAAUUGAUCAAAUUCUCUCUUUUGGAGUUAUGGAAUAUUUGAAUGAUUAUGAUCGAAUUUCUUGCA